CACGGCAGGUAAUGACAAAGACAAACCAAGCCGUCCACGUCAUUGUGAACAAAUCCGCAGUUUAACUUGGUACUUCUGCGCAUUCAAGUUGUUGUGUAACGCUAAUAUAAAACUGCACUGUCAGGAGAUAAGUUAGCAUCUCAACUUACAAGUCUGAACGCCGCUUCUACUAUAGAUCAUGUCUACCGAACCCGAGUCACGCCCCCAUGUGGUACUCUGGGGUGUCGCCAAGCCACCCAAUGCACCUAGCUCAUCUGGCUUUUGCCAAAAACUGGAAGUAUUCCUCAGAUUUAGUGGCAUAUCAUACGAAGUAGGCGAGACUGUCCCAAUGAAGGCUCCCAAGGGCAAAGUUCCCUUUGCCGAUAUUAAACAUGACGGGAAAACUGUCACCAUCCCGGAUUCUCAUUUUAUCAUCCGCUAUCUCAUCGAGAACGGGCUCAUCAAAGAUCCGGACACUGUAGCCGGCUUGACUACCGUUCAGAAGGGCGAGUCGAGAGCAUGGCAGGCGUAUAUUGAAGAACUGCUAUAUUCUGCAAUCGUUCGAGAUCGGUGGUACAUAGACGAAAACUAUGCAGUGACUGCCGAGGAGAUAUUUGGGAGCAUGGCCUGGCCCAUGCGGCCGAUGAUAUCUUGGUUUUUUAGGUGGAGGGUGAUGAAGUCAAUUUGGAACGUUGGGAUGGGACGUCACUCCCAGGAAGAAGCUCAGUCUUUACAGAAAGAGGCUUUUGAGGCUCUCGAAGCAAGGAUGUCGGGCCACUUGUAUUUCCACGACGGCGAACAACCAACGGGCAUUGAUCUUAUCAUCUAUGGUUUCCUCGCCAACACACUGGCAACGAGUGGGAACCCGUACUGGGCGGAUAUGGUGCUAAGGAGUCCUACCCUCCUGGCAUUCACAAAAAGGAUGACAACCUUGCUCUUCCCCGAAUACAAGCUCCUUUUACAUCGCAUCGAAGCAGUGGAACACAGUGGGUGAUUGGGUUUAUAAAAGGAACAAAUUUCCUUCUAUUG